ACAGCUCUGAGGGUUCAGCUGUACCUGCUAAGAGUAAGACUGAAAUUCAGGGGUGGGACUUUUUUCUCUGUCGUACCAGUCUGUCUGGAUUUUUUUCUUAUCUUCCCACAACAAGCUGCUGGUUCUUCAGAAAAGUUUUUGGGUCUGGCCACUUGUGAUUGGAGGGAGAAAUCGAGUUGUCAUUUUGAGAUUGUCUUGCUGAGCAAGUUUUUUUCUUUUGCUGGUGCUUCUGGUCAACCUGAACUGUGAGAUCUUGCAGAGACUCUCUCAGGGACUCGCUGAAUGUGCAUGCAGGAAAGGAUGAUCAACUUUUUAUAUUUUUUCCUCCCAGUGUUGGGAGGAUACACCCUCACCUCGGUUUACCUGCUAAAGAACCCACAGAUUCUCCACAGGAAGAAACGCCCUGCUUUCUACUGCAAAAAGAUCGCACACAGAGGAGGAUCUGGAGAGAGGAUAGAGAGCACCAUGGAGGCAUUCACACAUGCGGCGGAGCAGGGCACUGAGAUGCUGGAGAUGGAUUGUCAUUUGACACAUGAUGGCUUUGUGGUGGUAUCACAUGAUGAGAAUUUGCUGAGGCAGACUGGCCAUGAUGUCACAAUCUCCUCGCUCAAUCUGCAGGAUUUGCCUUUGUAUAAGGAGAGACUGGAGGUAACAUUUUAUGAAGGCCGUUACAGCACUGGCAAGGACAGGAAGUUUGCUCUGCUGGAGGAUGUGUUCAAGAAGUUCCCUGAGAUGCCGAUCAGCAUUGAGAUCAAAGAGAACAACCACGAGCUCAUUAAAAGGGUGUCUGAUCUGGUUAAACGCUACAACAGGGAGGGGAUCACUGUGUGGGCUUCCGCAGACUCCACGAUCAUGAAGCAAUGCUGGAAAAUGAACGGCUCCAUGCCGUACAGUUUCACUAUGAGCCGAGGCCUGCUGCUUCUGCUUCUCUUCUACACGGGGCUGCUGCCCUUUGUGCCAAUAGGAGAGAGUUUGCUGCAGUUCUACCUAAUGCGCAUCUUCAACAGGACAUUCAUUCCCGAUGAAGCUCUCCUGAGGAACAAGCUCGUUGUGUGUUUGAUAGAAAAAAUAACUAUGAGGAAGAGUCUUUUUAGGCACCUCGCUGCCCGUGGAAUUCAGGUGCAUUUAUUUGUUUGCAACACAGAAGAAGACAUAGAGGCGGCAUUAGAAGUAGGAGCCACUGGAGUGAUGAGUGACUAUCCAACUCUUCUGUCCAGCUACUUCUGCAAAAACAGAAGUCAGGACUGAAUCCAAGCACACCAUCACAUGAUGGCAACAAUGACACUGAUAAAAACGGCUAAUGCAACAUUUGUUGAAGAAUCUUUGGUCUACAUAAUAAUCGCCAUGCAGUGGGAACACAACUAUCAUUAAUCUCUUCGGUGCUGACCUUUAAUCGCUGCUGACGGAAUGACUUGUUUGUCAUGGGAUCGUCUCUACAGCCUCCACCCACAAACAAACCAUGGCAUUGAUUUGGUCUGCAGCACAUCUAACGAGUGAAUAUUUAACUAGCUGGACUGUAUAUCUGAUUAAAUGUGACUUUAUUUUGAAUGUCUCUAAUGUUACUUUCUGCCACUUUUAAGAUAGGGCUUGAGAAAUAAAUGAUUAUGAAUAAAUCACUUGCA